AAGUAUUUUGUUGACCUUUCGUCCUCAGAUGGUAGCAACAGGCUACAAUACAAGCGAUUGCUAAUAUAAAGUAAUCGAUCACCAGUGCAAGCUCAUAAGGAGCAAUGUACUACUGGGUGCUAGCCAAUGGCGAGGCAUAAAUGUGCAGCCACCAAUCAACAGUAAUUCCCAGCUUUCAAACCUACCUAAAUUGGUUUCCACGAUAUGGGACUGGGAAACAUAUGGAAGAACUACAGAGUUUUGAUAAUUAUGGGAACAGGUCUUGGACUAGUACAUUGGGGUUGGCAUAAAAUGAAAUCCAACCCAAUUUUUCACCCUGACAAGGACGAUUUUGUACCUGAACCAGCCAUUGUUACAUAUGUUUUGAAAAAGGAUGCAAAGGACAAAACCAAAUAGCUGUCUGCUUAAUUUAGGUAUUUAUUUUACUUCUAUAAAGAAGAAAGGAUGCGAAAGAAAUCGUGGUUCAGAAAGAACUUGCUCUUGGUGGCUGGAGUGUCAUUUUUGGGCUUUCACUUUGGAACAUAUUUUAUUCAGAAAGUGGCCAAAAGUUCUGCAAAAACAACUCUAGAGCCGAAAGAAGUUAAAAAUGAAUGAACAGCCUACUCGACUUAUACAAACUUUUAUUUCUUUUUACCAGAAUCCCAUCCCAUUGCAUCUCAAUUGUUAGAUUUUACAUGAUUUUUCCCAUCAAUAAAAUUUAAUUACAAAUGAAAUAAUUAGAACUCAAGUUAUUUUCUUUGAAGUUGUCAUAAGGCUAAAAAUGUCAAGGUUUGAACCUAAGAAACCUUCACUUUGUACUUCAGGGCCUUUAUUGAAUGAUACAUUUAGAGAAUCCCUGAGUGUUUUACAUGCAAUUGUAAAGUCUUGUUAUGGUCCAUUUGGUCGGCUGAAACAGCUUCACAAUGGUAUAGGAGGAUGUGUCACUACUACAUCACAGUCACAUGCCUUGCUUAGUGGCUUUUCUGUCCGUCAUCCAGCUGUAAAGCUAAUAGCUGCUUCUAUCUGCAAUCACAUAUCUACUUUUAGUGAUUGUGGCCUUUUUGCUGCCAAUUUGUGCUGCAACUUGAUUGAUCAGUUCACAAAUUUAAAUAUUUCUCCCCAUACAAUAAUAAGAUUGACCAAGCAUAUUUUAAAUCUAUGUAUUACUUAUUUGAAGUCUGAGGAUUGUGCCUGCAAAAUGGCAGUAGAUUUCAGCAACAGCAAGUCAUUACUUAGUGUUGCUUACUCUGUAGUCUCUAGUAAGCCUGCAUGUAUGCUUACUGCAAAUGAAGCAAAUUACAUCAGUACCUUGGCUGUAAAAGCCUUUCUUCUGACAGUUCCAAAUGAUGUAGGGUCAAGUGUUACUUUAGGUAAGAGCAUUAUAGUUCCUGUUGAAGGGGAGGAUGUAAUGGGAUCUUCAGUUGUUUCUGGACUCCUUAUUGAAAUGUCAGAUUAUUAUUUGACUCGAGCAUUACUAUCUACUCAGUUAACCACUAAACCCCUUAAAGUUGCCUUAUUUUCUAUUUCUUUAUCUGGAGACUUUUGUGAAACUGGAGAAGGAACUUUGGAUGUCUUUGAUAGUGUAAACCCUGACAUUGUUAUGUUGGAUCAGCUGUUUGCUUUGGGAAAACAGCUAGUGGAUGAUCAUGUAAUGCUUCUUUUGUGCCAAAAAGUUAUCCAUCCAGCCCUAAAACAAUAUCUUAAAGAACAGGAUGUCUUUGCAGUGGAUAGAUUAGGAGCAGCAGUUAUGGAACCCCUGAGUCAAAUGACAGGUGCGAAACCCAUAGCUUCUCUGAGUCCUGUGUCUUCAACUUGCUAUGGUGACCUAGAGAACGUAAGCAAAUUGUCCUAUGGAUUCAAGCAUUUUCUACAUCUGAUUCCCUUUGACACCUCCAUUUGCAGUUUUGUGUUAUGCAACCGAAAUGAAACUUCGUUGAAAGAGCUUAUGCGUGCCUGUCGUGCUGCAGAACACGUUUUACAGAUGACAUUGAAGUAUCCCUGGGUAUUGUUAGGUGGUGGCUGUAGUGAAACUCAUUUGGCUGCAUUUGUAAGAUAUAAGACUUCCAAAGUUCAAAGCAAUUGCCUAGAAGAACUAAACUGCUCUGAAACAGAUUACAAGAUGGUGACUAAUUGCUUUUGCCUCUCACUGGAGUCUGUUGCACGGAGUCUUGAACAUGAUGGGGGAAAUAUGCUUCUUGACCUAGAAGACGGACAUUCUUGGUCUGUUUCCUCUGAAGCUUUUCUUGACUCUCAAUGCUUUGAAACAGGACCUCACUGUGGCUGUGGAAUGCUCAAAAGAAGAGACGAUCUUCAAUGGUGUGUUCUGGGAAGCCAAUACCAGACAUUUAACCCACAAACCAGAAACCAGGCCCAUUCAGUAACUCAAUCAGACCGUCUCAUUUUUGACUGUUACCCUGCAAAAUGUAAUGCCCUGCAAGUCGCAGUAGACACAGCUGGGCUAAUCUUGGAUUUAUCUUAUGUUAUUGAAGAUAAUAAUUGACCUUAGAAUUUUGUGUUGAAAGUGAUAUAAAAUAAUUGCAUUACAGUUUGGUUUUUGAGAAUGCUCACUCAUUUUAUCAUCUGGGCAGUUGUUUUACCUUAAGUAUUUGCAGUUCCUUAAAGGGACAGUGUACCGUAAUGUUUUCCCCCUUUAAUUUGUUCCCAGUGAUCCAUUUUACCUGCUGGGGUGUAUUAAAUUGUUUACAAAUAACUUCUCUACCUUUAUUUUGACAUUUGAAAUAUAUGCUUUUGCCUGUAGUAUCCCUACCUAUUCUGAAAGUUUAUAUAGAAAAGCUGUAAAAACAUAGCCAGGAGAAAAAAAGUACACUCCCACUGGGGGUUAGGAGAGAUAUGUAAUAAAAUGUUAUUUUUUCAGUUCUCUCAAAUUAUUGCACUUUGGUAUACAGUCAGAGAUAUUAUAAAGAAGCAUGUGUAUUUUAAUGGGUUGUGGUUUCAAAGAACAAAAACAACUAUUUCAUAUACAAAAAUAAAUCCAAAGAAACAAUUGAUAGUACAUUUUAUACUCUACUGCACAUUAAGGGAAAACUAUUUUACAGUACACUGCCCCUUUAAGCAAUAUAAUCUGUGCUUUGCUAGACCAUGUAUCCCACCAUUGCUAAAAAGAGGAUUAAUAUCCCUAGGAGAAACCUUUCACAUAAAUUAUUGUUUUAUUUUUUCCAAUGGAUAAAACACCAAAUUUUAGUUAAAACAGUGCAAAUGCGACAAAUAAAAGACUGUAAAUACUCUGA